CAACCGGGGGAUGGCGACUCGGGCUCUCAGACAUUGGAGGGUUGGAUAUUGGAAAUUUGGGUAAUUGAACAAGAGAUAGCUCAACCUUGCCAGCCUCUCCAGCCAUGGCACAGAUCACCUUGUGCCGUGAGUUUCCCAACUUCUGGCCCGGCUAUCGACGGUUCUCCGCGACAUCUGGAUCUGGUAUUCCCGUUUCUAGUCAAUGCGCCGGCGCGAUCCUGAGAUAUCAGAGCCACGAGGGGAAAUCGAAAUGCCAAUGAACUUCAUCCGCGGCUGAGAGCGACCUUCCUGAAUGGGACAUCUCUGGCGGCCCCCUCCCUUGCCUUAGUGUCUCUUGUACUUCUCUUUACUAGUCUGGCAGCCGCGGCAAUUAACAUAUAACCCACAUCUCCCCGUCUUUCCCGCUUCUUCUUUUUGUCGAUCAUCCCUUUCGUUCUGUUGUCUUUUUUUUCAUCCAUUAUGAAUGCGUCCGACCCUAUCGAGGUCGCCGAGGUGUCCAAGGCCAAGGCAUUGCAGCACGAUGUCGCCGUGAGCGAGAAGCGUCAGGAUCCUAGCCAGGAUCUCACCAUUGAGCCUGCUCCGGUUACCCAAGUCCCUGCCGAGGGUGAAGAUGAGGCACUCCACAAGGCGUAUCCCACCGAGGAGGACCUGCGGACCUUGCGCCGUGUCUCGGGACAUCUUCACUGGACUAUCUUUACCGUCGCAUUUGUAGAGCUGUGCGAGCGUUUCUCGUACUAUGGAACUACAGCAGUGUUCGUCAACUUCAUCCAGCGCCCUCUCCCCCCAAAUUCGAGGACCGGUGCUCUUGCGGCCGGUGCUGAUUUCAAUAAUGACGUUCCUGGCGCUCUGGGUAUGGGGCAGCGUGCAUCGACUGGUCUGACAUUGUUCAAUCAAUUCUGGUCCUACAUCAUGCCCUUGGCUGGCGCGUUCGUCGCUGAUCAAUACUGGGGUCGAUUCCGCACCAUCUUUGCAUCCAUCGCGUGUGCUCUGGUGGGACACGUCAUUCUGAUCGUGUCUGCUAUCCCCGCUGUCAUUUCCAAGCCUGGCGGUUCGAUUGCUUGUUUCUCAAUCGGUCUGAUCAUUAUGGGUGUUGGAACUGGUGGUUUCAAGUCCAAUAUUUCUCCACUGAUUGCAGAGCAGUACCGAGAGGAGAAGCCAUUCAUCAAGGUUCUGAAAAAUGGAGAGCGAGUGAUCGUCGAUCCUGCUGCGACAGUAGCCCGUAUCUAUCUGUACUUCUACCUGAUGGUCAACGUCGGUUCUCUGGUGGGCCAGCUUGCCAUGGUGUAUGCCGAGCGAUACGUCGGAUUCUGGCUGUCUUUCCUUCUCCCCACGCUGAUGUUCUGCAUUUGCCCGACGGUUCUGUACUUCUGCAAGAGCAAGUAUCACUUGGUCCCUCCGACGGGCUCGACUUAUACCCAGGCCUUCCGUCUCUGGUCCUUGGCUAUGAAGGGCCGCUGGUCACUCAACCCUGUCAAGAUGUUCAAACAAACCUCUUCCGAGCACGAAUUCUGGGAUCACGUCAAGCCUAGCACCCUGGGCCCUAGCAAGCCCUCGUGGAUGACAUUCGACGAUGCUUGGGUGGACGAAGUUCGCCGUGGUCUCAAGGCUUGCCAAGUGUUCCUGUGGUAUCCUCUCUACUGGCUGGCUUAUAACCAGAUGCUUAACAACCUCACCUCCCAAGCCGCGACCAUGGAACUCAACGGUGUUCCCAACGACGUCAUUAACAACUUCAACCCCUUUGCUCUGAUUAUUUUCAUCCCCAUCUUUGACCGCCUCGUUUACCCCGGUCUGCGCCGUAUGGGAUUCAACUUCACCCCACUAAAGCGUAUCACUGCUGGUUUCGCCGUCGCAGGCUCCGGCAUGAUCGUCGCCACCGUCACUCAGUACUACAUCUACAAGCUCGGACCCUGCGGCAAAGACGCCAACCGCUGUCUUGAAGAAGAAGGCAAACACAGCCCGAUCUCCGUCUGGGUGCAAGUCCUGACCUACGUUCUGGGCGGUAUCUCCGAGAUUCUUGCAUCCGUGACCUCGCUCGAGUAUGCCUACACCAAGGCCCCUCGGAACAUGCGAUCGCUCGUGCAGGCCGUGGCGCUGUUUAUGAAUGCCAUCUCUGCGGCUAUCGGACAGGCGUUGGUGGGUCUUUCUGCGGAUCCGCUGCUUGUGUGGAAUUAUGCUAUUGUAGCUAUUUUGGCAUUUGUGGGCUGCGUGGGCUUCUGGUUGAGUAACUACAAGUUGGAUAAGGAGGAGGAUAAGCUUAAUAUGUUGCCUCAGAGUCAGUAUGAGGGCCGUGGGGAGCGGACCGACGUGGAGGCCAAGACAGGGUAAUCAUGAGUUGAUGUGUGAUGGUUUAUGAUGAUGGGUAUGCUGCACUGUGCAGUCGCUGGAUGCCAUGCAUAUAGCUUUAAAACAGUCUCGGUGUGCUCAAAGGCAAAAAGAUAGUGUCCAAGCACAGAGUCCUCACUCUUGCGCUUCACUGC